CUCUGACACCCUCCGUAGCCUCUAAACUGUAACGGGAGAAGGAGCAGCAGGGAAUGGCAACCGUAAACUGCUGCGGCUUUCGACGCCUAAACUCGCGGCCAUGGCUUCAGAAGGUCCGUUCUCGUUCCUAUUCAUCUGCGGCUGCUUCUUGCUCCUCACCUUCCCCAUAUCCUUCUUCUUCUUUUGACGAUUCAGAAGCUCAAGAGUCUACUACUACCGCCACCACUACUAGUACUAGUACUGCUACACCUCACCGGUCUCAGUCGUUCUUUCCGAAGAGAGGCCAGACAUUGGAGUUGGUCUGCGAAACCCUAGCCUUCAAAGCUAAGGGAGUCUGCAAGGUAGCUGACUCCGGGUUCGUCCUUAUGUGCGAUCGGGCUCUCCCCGGCGAACGAUUUCUCGGCCGUGUGACUCGCAAGAAGGGCAGCUAUGGUGAGGUGCAGAAGAUAAAGACAAUUUCUCCACACUGGGACUUAGUGGAUGCCCCUUGUGAAUACGCCUCGCAUUGUGGCGGUUGCAAAACACAGAACCUGUUGUACGAGGCGCAGCUUAGAGCCAAGGAACAACAAGUCCAUGAGUUGAUGACUCAUGUUGGCAGAUUUUCUAAUGAAGACCCAGAUUUCGCUAUGGCCAUGAAGCCCAUUGUUUCGUGCGAUAUUCAAUUUCAUUACCGAAACAAGAUGGAAUUUUCAUUUAGUACACAGCAGUGGCUACCUAAGGAUGAAAUGAAGGGAGAACAAGCUGGUGCAAAUAAUUUUGCUUUGGGGCUUCACGCCCCAGGGUUUUUUGAUAAGGUCCUCAAUGUUGAGAAGUGCCUUCUACAAAGUGAGGCAGCCAAUGUGGUUCUUGCAGUUAUGCAAAAUUGUUGGAGAGAUCCACAGUUGGGCCUUUCUCCAUAUGAUGUUCGCACUCAUAUUGGAUUUCUUAAGCAUUUAAUGCUAAGAACUGGCAGAGAUGCAAAGACUGGUUCACGUGAGCUUAUGGUUAAUUUUGUGACUUCUUCCUACAAGCCAGAGCUACUUGAGCCUCUCAUUGAGAAGAUCUCAGCUAUCCCUGAAGUGGUUAGCAUCAUAAAUAACGUGAAUACCUCUGUGGGCAACACAUCUGUUGGAGAGGAGGAAUAUACCCUCUAUGGGAAAUCCACCAUCACAGAGAUUUUAAGAGGACUUACAUUUCAAAUUUCAGCAAACUCUUUUUUCCAGACAAAUACACAUCAGGCAGAGGUUCUUUAUAAGCUUAUAGAAGAUUGUGCUGGUAUACGAGGGGAUGGCUCAGAAAUUGUCCUGGACCUCUUUUGUGGAACUGGCACAAUUGGUCUUACACUUGCUAAAAGAGUCAAACAUGUUUAUGGGUAUGAAGUAGUUGCUCAAGCAAUAUCAGAUGCUCGCCGAAAUGCUGAACUGAAUGAUAUCCAUAAUGCUACAUUUGUCCAAGGGGAUCUCAAUAAAAUUGAUCAUAGUUUUGGUGAUGCGUUUCCUAAGCCUUGCAUUGUCAUUUCAGAUCCUAAUCGUCCAGGUAUGCACAUGAAGUUGAUUAAGUUUCUACUGAAGCUGCGAGCACGACGUGUUAUUUAUGUCUCUUGCAAUCCUGCUACCUGUGCACGUGACCUUGAUUACCUAUGUCAUGGUGUGGUGGAGCAAAAUAUAGAAGGGUGCUACCGGUUAAAAAGAUUACAUCCAGUGGACAUGUUUCCUCACACCCCUCAUAUUGAGUGUGUUUGCUUGCUAGAGCUUGAUUGAACUUGUUUGUUAUCUUUUCUGAUGCACAAGUUUGAAAACUUCAGUUUCCACUCUGUAGCAUCAGAGCUUGGGAGAAUAUCAAGUUCUUCAAGAGGGUGAGAGAUAGACCGAUACAUUAUCCAUGGGAAGAAAACAUAGGAGUAACAUUCGGAGCUUGUGCCUUAAUUUUUCAUUAUAAAAGAACUUGAUACAUCCAGCCUGAA